GCUUGGAGUUCAUUAAGCGUGCACUGUAGCAAGUGGGCAACUGGCACGUCUGGAGCAAUGGCAGGAGAAAACAGGGAAGAGAAACUGAAAUACAUCCGGGAAAAAAUAAGACCCUUUCCCGACUUUCCGAGCAAGGGGAUUAUUUUCAGAGAUAUCUGCCCCAUUUUGAAAGAUCCAAAAGCCCUAAGCACAGUCAUCGAUUUGUUCGAGGAACAUGUGAGGCAGACUUAUCCUGAUGUCGAAUUGAUUGUGGGUCUGGAUGCCCGUGGUUUCCUCUUUGGGCCUCUGCUGGCACAGAGGCUGGGGGUGGGCUUCAUCCUGAUCCGCAAGAAAGGCAAGCUGCCUGGUCCCACAGCGUCCGUGGGGUACACCCUGGAGUACGGAAAGGCCGAAGCAGAGGUCCAGGAGGAUGCGAUUGAGCCAGGACAGAAGAUUCUAAUUAUCGAUGAUUUGCUGGCAACUGGAGGAACCCUGUAUGCAGCCUGUGAGCUGAUGAAGAAACAGAAAGCCCAGAUCUUGGGGUGCUUGGUAGUGAUCGAGUUAACGGACUUGAACGGAGCAGACCGCCUUAAACCAAGCCCACUGUUCUCUCUUGUGCACUUCUAGCAUCCUUUAAACGUGUUCCUAAAAAAGUACACUCCGUUACACCUCUGUAACAUCUCAUGUAGGUUUGUAGUUAACUUGUUUUAUACACUAAUAAUGGCAAACCCAGUAUCUAAGAAGGAAAGCACUUCAAAGAUCUUAACUGGAUCAGUGUAGCCCCUUUUUUGUAUUAUGAAAACUAUUUUUAAUAAAGGACAAAUAAAGGCUAAUAAAGGUUA